AAACCCCAAAAAGAAAAUCUUAAAGUUUUGCAGUUUACGAGGGCCGUGAAGGCAGCACCGCAGCGGAGCGGAGCGUCGUCGCAGUUGUUCCGGACUCACUCACAGCUGGACUCCGCUGAGGGGACAUGGGAGCCUGAAGGGAGAUCAGCCACAUCACUCAGCGACCGAGACCGUCCCGUCUUGUCUGUCCCGGCUGGUUGGAAGCGAACAUGGGCUCCGGCGUGCACCUCUGCUCGGCGCUGCUGCUGGUGUUCCUGCUGGUGCUGCAUCACUCCUCCGGUUUCUGGAUCAUCAACGUCAUCUUCCCCCCCAGCGCCAAAGUCAGAUUCCCGAGCAACAGCACUCCGCCGCUCGUCAUCGUACCAGGGAACUUGGGGAACCGUCUGGAGGCCAAGCUCGACAAGCCGUCGCUGGUCAACUGGCUGUGCUACAAGAAGACGGAGCACUGGUUCCCCCUGUGGAUCGACCUCAACAUGUUCAUGCCCAUAGGUGUAGACUGCUGGAUUGAUAACAUUAGACUUGUUUACAACAGGACGACUCGGCGAUCAUCCAACUCACCGGGGGUGCAGGUCCGAGUGCCAGGAUUCGGGCAGACGUAUCCCAUUGAGUUUCUGGACUAUAACAAACUGGCCGGUUACUUUUACACUAUGGUUCAACAUCUGGUCAACGUGGGCUACACCCGAAACGAGACAGUCCGGGGAGCGCCGUACGAUUGGAGGUUGGCUCCUAACGAGAACGCAGAGUAUUUCACAAAGCUGCAGGGCCUGGUGGAGGACAUGUACGAGCAGUACCAGCAUCCCGUUUACCUGCUGGGACACAGCAUGGGCUGCCACAACGUCCUCUUCUUCCUCAACCAGCAGCCUCAGGCCUGGAAGGACAAGUACAUCAGGGGCUUCAUCUCCCUCGGAGCACCAUGGGGGGGCGCCGUGAAAACACUCAGAGUCCUGGCAUCAGGAGAAAACGACGGCAUCCCGAUGAUUUCCAACAUCAAGAUCCGCGAGGAGCAGCGGAUGACGACGACGAAUCCCUGGAUGCUGCCGUCCGAGGAGGCCUGGCCGAAGGAUCACGUGUUCAUCUCCACGCCGACCUUCAACUACACCAACAAGGACUACCAGCGCCUGUUCAAAGACAUCAGCUUUGAUGACGGCUGGUACAUGUUGGAGGACACCAGGAACAUCACCGGCGAUCUCCUCCCACCAGGUGUGGAGGUGUGGUGCAUGUACGGCGUGGGGCUCCCCACGCCCAUAACCUACAUCUACGACGAGGACUUUCCCAACGUGGACCCGGUGGACUUUGUGUACGCCGAUGGGGACAACACGGUGGACAGCUUCAGCAUGGGCCUGUGCAAGCGUUGGGCCGGGCAGCAGGAGAAGCCCGUCCACGUGACCGAGUUCAGGGGGCUGACCCACCUGGACAUAGUGUCCCAUGAAAUGGUGCUGAACCAAAUCCAGCACAUCCUGGAGGGCAAAUCCGAUGUGCCUCAAGAAAUCGAUGUCAGAUCUGGAACCAUAUAUCAAAAGGAGAAAUAAUGUUUACAUAGUUCACUUUGCAAAUAACACAUAUUCCAUAUAGCUCCAGCAUUUCCUAGCAACCGCCCAUUUUGGCUAAAGUUAUUGCAACAGUUCCAGACUAAUCUGGAUUUACAAGUAACCCGACACUGACCCCCCACCCCCAACCCAAUAACAGCAACCCCCUUAUCAAAACUAAAUGCUGACUUAUGGCAAUAUGGCUUUAACGACAAUCUGUUUAUUCAUGUUUCAUAGCUGUGUGUUUUUUGUUGUAUGUCCCUUAUAUCUGAUGAUGAUGAUCAUGGUGAGAUACACAGUGUUUAUCAUACACAUAAUUUUCACAAAGACUAUAAACAUAGAAAUAUGUUGAUGUGUGUUUGUUUUGGUUUUUUGAUGACGGUUAAUUCUUAGUUGUAGCUUGUGUAGUGUUUUUGACUUGGGCAACUUCAAAUUUUGCUACAUACUAAAAAAAAUGUUUCACAAUUUUAGUUUGUUUACUUUUGACGUCAUCAUCACAUUGUUAUUAUAGUAAAAUAUAUGUCCAGUGACUUUAAUGUAGGUAAUUUAAGCAAGCCUGUAAUUGAUAGAUAGAUGUGUUAAAGGUAUACCUCAGUGGUAUAUUAUUAUUGUGUAUGAUAUGAAUGUAAUAUUUUUCAAUCAUAAAAUCUUGCAUAUUGUAGCUUGUGUGUGCACAUGAAACCAGUGAUGUAAAAAAAGGGAUACAUUUCAUAUUACAAUUAGUUUUUUAUUUUUGCUUUUGUAAAACAUGCAAAAUUUUGAAUGUUUCCACCUGUAAUAAAAAAAAACAUCUAUGGUAAUAAAUGUCUUUAUGGUAAUAAAGUCACAUGUGUUAAACUGA